AUACUAUCUCCUUCGAGGUACUUAUCCGAUGUUUGACGGAAAGGGCCGAGAAUGUGCGAUUGCUCGAUUGUUCCAACAAGCAACAACAACAACGCUGUCAACAUCUUUCGCAAUAUGUUAUAUGAACAUGUGAAUGACACUCAGUGGUUUUAAAGCACAUGCCAAUUCAUAAUAUUCUGAAAUGAGGACAACAACUACAGCGAGCUUGUCCAAGCUGCAGGGAAAUCCAGCCAAUGUGAGGAACAUAUGCAUCUUGGCACAUGUUGAUCAUGGAAAGACAACUCUUGCAGAUGCCCUUGUAGCAAGUAAUGGAAUUAUCUCCCAAAGAAUGGCAGGAAAGUUGCGGUAUUUGGAUAGCAGGGAAGACGAGCAAGUCAGGGGUAUCACCAUGAAAUCAAGUGCCAUCUCUCUCCAUUUUCAUAAUGAUGUUGGAGAGUAUCUGAUCAACUUGAUUGAUUCACCAGGCCAUGUGGAUUUCUCAUCGGAAGUUUCUACUGCUGUAAGACUUUGCGAUGGGGCCAUUGUUGUUGUAGAUGUGGUUGAAGGAGUCUGUCCCCAGACGCAUGCAGUUCUACGUCAAGCAUGGCUGGAGAACAUCCGCCCAAUCCUCGUCCUCAACAAGCUGGACAGGCUGAUCACAGAGCUGAAGAUGGAACCCCUGCACGCCUUCAUUCACCUCCAACAAAUACUUGAACAGGUGAAUGUGGUGACCAGUGAAUUCUUCACGGCUGACAUGAUGUCACUGCACACCACUGAAUCUUCCAGCCCAGGGGAGGCCACUCAGAAUUAUGACUGGACAGAAGAUGCAGACGAGUUAGAACACAAGAACAUCUACUUCUCACCAGAGCUUGGCAAUGUGGUCUUCACAUCGGCCUACGAUGGCUGGGGAUUCACCAUAGACCAAUUCGCAGAUAUUUAUGGUCGCAAACUUGGUAUGAACGUAGAAGGGCUACGUGGGACUCUGUGGGGAGACUUCUAUCUCAACAGCAAGACCAAGCGUAUCAUGAAGGGCGCUCAUACCAAGGGCAAGAAGCCCCUUUUUGUCCAGUUUGUGCUGGAGAGUGUGUGGUCUGUGUACGAUGCAGUCAUGAUACGUAAGGACAAGGAAAUGACUGAGAAGAUUGUCAAGUCCCUUGACCUGAAGAUUGGCCUUCGGGAAACCCGCCAGAGCGACACUCGGGUACAGCUCCAGGCCAUGAUGUCACAAUGGCUGCCAUUGUCCCGGGCAGUGCUAGGAAAGGUAGUGGAGAAACUGCCUUCCCCAUUGGCCAUAGCUGAGGAGAAGGUGGAGAAGCUGAUGUGUAACCAGGCCCGUAGGUUUGACUCCCUGCCUAUAGAGACUCAACAACUUAAACAAGAUUUCCUUGCCUGCUCUGCUGAUGAUGACAGGCCUGUGAUCGUGUUCGUGUCAAAAAUGUUCCCAAUGGACAAGGCCGUAUUGCCUUGUAACAAACAGAGACCCCUCACAGAGGAGGAGCUACAACAGAGGAGGGAGGCGGCCAGACAACGUCACACGGCCCGCAUGGAGAAAGAGCAGGCGACAGAAACAGCCACAGGAAAUAGUGAGGACCAGUCACACCAUCAACACUAUACCCCACUAAUGGAGGUAAAGAAGUCAGAAGAAGAGGAAACAGACCAAGUGUUUAUAGCAUUCGCCCGUGUGUACAGUGGACGUAUACGAAAGGGACAGAAACUUUAUGUACUGGGACCAAAACACAAUCCUGCCUGUGCAUUGUUAAAGUAUGGAGACAGUGGUGGACAAGUAAUGGCGGAGAGUGUUACAGAGCUAGUUGGGACUGAUCAUGUAACUGUUGUCACAGUAACCAAUCUUUACAUGUUCAUGGGCAGAGAACUGGAGGAGCUGGAAAGUGUUCCUGCUGGAAAUGUGCUGGGUAUAGGAGGCCUGGAGGAUCACGUGUUGAAGUCAGGGACAGUGUGUAGCACCGUUGCCUGUACAGCCUUCACGGACCUGUACUUUGAUGCAUCACCCAUUCUUAGAGUGGCGCUAGAGCCUACACAUGCAGGUGGGAUGAGUAAGCUGGUGAAGGGACUGCGGCUGUUGAACCAGGCGGACCCCUGUGUGCAGGUGCUUGUACAGGAGACAGGGGAGCAUGUCAUUGUCACCGCGGGGGAGGUGCAUCUUAGGAAGUGCUUGGAUGAUCUCCAACAGAUGUAUGCCAAGAUUGAGGUAACAGCCUCUGCCCCCAUAGUACCAUUCCGUGAGACCAUAGUGCCCCCUCCAACCACAGACAUGGUCAAUGAAAACAUACAGGACCAGGGACCAGGGUUGGGGAACGAAAAAUGGAAGGAAUACAAAGAUGAUGAAGAGGUUCUAGACAGGGGCCUCGUGCAAAUAUACAAUCCACAGCGGCAUUGCAUGGUGCAGAUAAGGGCUGUGCCUUUACCACCAGAAGUUACAGAUUGUCUCGACAAAAACCAGUUCCUCAUAAAGACUCUUGAUCAAUAUGUAUCAUCCAAGAUAUCUGACAGGCAUAAAUCUGAUAGUCAGUUGGGCCUUAAAUUGAAACAGUCCAUGAAAGAGGCUAUGAUAGAGUUUAAAGAAAAGCUGGAGAAAUUGUUUAAUGAUGCUGGUAAACAGUGGAAAGGUAUUGUGGAUAACAUCUGGGCAUUUGGUCCUAAGAGGGUAGGGCCAAAUUUACUUGUAAAUCAAGUAGAAGGGUACUCAAGAACUUCUAUAUGGGAAUUUGUUUCACAUGCAACAAAAGUUAGCAAGAUGUAUGUGCGAGACUAUGACUACAGUGUAGUGACUGGUUUCCAGCUUGCAACAUUGACUGGUCCCCUUUGUGAUGAGCCUAUGAGAGGAGUGUGCUUUUUGGUUGAGAAAUGGGAGGUGAACCAGUCUACAAACAAUGAUAGUUUGAUCUUGAGUAAGCAAAGUGCUGUAAAAGACGAACUGGGAUGUGGAAAGAGUGUUGAAAGUCAUAUAUCAGAGUUGAAAAUUAAUGAUAUAUCUACUCAGAGUGCUAAUGAAUCAGCAAAUGAGUCAAUGACCAUUCAAUCAAUUAAGGAAACUAAUGAGGGGCACCCUGCCACCACAACAAUUGAGAUUACAGAAAACAAAGACUCUGAUGCAUCUAACCAAGGUAACACAGUGCAUGGGGUCAAGGUAGUUCAAGGUCAAGUUCAAGGUCAUGUGUCGGGUCAGCUGAUCUCCAUAGUGAAGGAGGCAUGUCAGAAGGGUUUUCAAACCCAACCUCAAAGGCUGAUGGCUGCCAUGUACAAGUGUACCAUACAGGCUUCCACAGAUGUCCUUGGCAAGUUGUUUGCUGUUCUGGGGAAGCGUUAUGGCAAGGUGUUACAUGACGAGAUGAGGGAGGGGUCUCAGAUGUUCAACAUCGUAGCCACUCUUCCAGUUGUGGAGAGUUUUGGGUUUGCAGAGGACAUAAGGAAGAAAACUAGUGGACUGGCCAGUCCCCAACUAGUGUUCAGUCAUUGGGAGGUUAUUGACUUGGACCCAUUCUGGGUGCCCACGACGGAGGAGGAAGUCAUGCACUAUGGGGAGAAGGCGGAUUCUGAGAACAGAGCACGCGUCUACAUGAACAGCGUGCGUGAGCGGAAGGGCCUCAAGGUGGAUAAGAAGAUCGUGGAGCACGCAGAAAAACAGCGCACCCUGACGAGAAACAAAUAACAAACAGCCGACCCUGACGAGAAUCAAAUAAUAAACAGCCGACCCUGACGAGAAACAAAUAACAAAGAGCUGACCCUGACGAGAAACAAAUAAUAAACAGCAGACCCUGACAAGAAACAAAUAAUAAACAGUCGACCCUGACAAGAAACAAAUAACAAAAAACGGACGCUGAUGAGAAGCAAAUAACUCCUUUUAUUCAAUUACCAAAAAUUGGUUUUUAAAUUCACCAAGAUGUUAAGAUACACUUGUUUUUGCAUGAUCUAUUUUAAAUUAUUUGCAAGUAUAUUAUAACCAAGGUCUAUUGGUUUGUAACUAUCCAUCCCUUGGUCUUAUUGUCAGUUUGUUUGUAGACCACUACGUUUUUGCACUAUAUAAAGAGAACGCUUUGAUCAAUUAAUUUGGUAUUUUAGUUGCUUGGUAAGGAAAGGCAAUGCCAACUGAUUUUGAGGUCAACAUGACAAAGUCACAUGGCCUUUAAAAUCUUCACUAAAAGUGAAACUUGAGCUGCAUCAGCAGGAGAGUAAACCCUUAUAAUUCAAUCUAGUCCUUUAUUUAUGGCAAGAAACCGAUUGCCAAACAAUGAGACACACAACACAUGCAAUAGACAAACACACCUACAUUACCAAAGAACAAACAUACACAAAAACUAGGAUCACAUCAUUGGAACGGUCAAUGUAUAAGCUCUUGAAGUAACUACCGGUUUUGCAAAGCUCCAAACCUCACACUUGCCCUGGGAUUAAAGAAGUGUACCGGCAGUUUGUUAACAACUUGACAAUGUUUAGAUGGUCGUGUAAAUUUUACUUGCUCUCGUUAAACUGAGAUUAUAAGAGUUGUAUAUGUGUUAAAUUGUACUAUAUAGAUAAAAAUAUGUUACAAUAACCCAAAAUAGGCAAGAUUUUUUUUACAUUGAAGACGAAUUAAAUAAAAUCCAGCAACGACAAAUUAACGCCCCGCGCCGAUCGAAACGACGAUAUUACGUUCAUAUUUUCCUACAAUAACCGAAGCAUUCGUCUUUUUAUUAGGAUCGGAGUUACUGUUCCUGUGUCGUAAGAAUAGCUAGCGUAUUUACUAAAUAUUUUACAAAAACGUGCAUAUUCUCACUUUAUGGAAGGGGGUUUGUUCCGCGAUGGAAGGGGGCUAAUUCCGCUAUGGAAGGGGGUUAAUUCCGCAUAUGCAAAACUAGCGAGGGGGUUUAUUCCGCGUAUGCAAAAUAUGAAAGGGGGUUUGUUCCGCUAUGCCGUUUUUCGGGAAGGGGGUUUCUUCCGAAGAGGAUUUCUUCCGUACACCCAUUUACAUAUUGACGACUUGGCCAUAAAAUUUGGUCCUAUAUUUCACUUAUUUUAUUAUAGUAUUGAUAUGAUGAUUACAUAAAUUUAAUUAAUGAUUCGACCAACAUAUUUUGUUAAAAACGUGUCUCAAAUGACUGUGCUUCUUUUAAGGGUAAGUUGAAUAUCGACUAUUCUGAAAAGUUGCUUUUCCAUAAUUGCCCGCACAGCAGCAGCAUGUCAUUUCUUUGAAAUAAUAGACUUUACAGCUGUGUGUAUUGAUCUAGCCUGCAAGAUAGAUUCCGGUCUAAGAGCUUCUUGUAGGAGUAAGGCAUGUUUUGUUAUGAGAUGAAUCGAUUUGAAUUAGGUUUAAUUGAUUUCUGCAAAAGAUUAUGAAUGUACUUGCAUAAUACAUGUUCCUAUGCGUCUGAAAUAAAAUAGUGAGAUUAAAAAUCA